UGCGCACUGGUUAACUUAAUUAUACUAUUAUACUUUUUAUGGAAUUUCAUUUAGCGACUGGAGAAAGAAACACCUAGUUGACUUUGAACUUUCAAAUUCAAACGGACAAGAACAAUGGUUUUCACCACUAUGAUGUUUCUGAGACUGUGUUUAACCAUCAGUAUAUUGAGCAUCAAUGGGGCUCUCAGCCAGACAUGCAAGAAAGAUGAUAUCAACCAACUAAGCGAUGACUUUUCUAGGAGAAUAAAUAAAGUAAAAAGUGAUAUAACUGACCUGACAUCAAAAAUCAGUGAUCUUGAUACCAGACUAAAUGAGCGAAUCACAGCUCUACUAAAUCACAUUAGAAAAGGAGCACCAGAAAUAUGUGAUGAGUCUUUAACUGAAUGUCCAGAGGGCUUCAUAUACCAGAGAAGUCUUAGAUCAUGCUACCUGUUUGUGAAAGAAAAGGUGACAUGGGAAGAGGCGAAGUCCAGUUGCUCGUCCAAAGGGGCACAUAUGAUAGCCAUUGAAUCUGAGAAAGAACAAAAAUUUCUAGAAAGGAAAUUAAAAGCAAUGGGGAAAGUCUGGUUUUGGUUAGGUGGGAUACGUUUGGAAGGAAGUGGUCCAAAAGGAAGCCACGUGUGGAGUGAGGGCGGAUGCUUUAAGUCGAAACCUUUAGAGUACACUAAUUGGUUUCAUGAAGAACCAAGUUAUUUUGGCGUUGAGUACUGCAUGGAAAUAUCACAGAGAUCCAAUGAUGGUCCGUAUCAAUGGAAUGAUGUGGUGUGCUGUAAUAAGAUGUAUUAUAUUUGUGAAAUUAAUUUGUAGAUCACAAAAAAUAAAUGCCAGUAAGGGGCAAUAAAACUAA